AUGUUAACAACAACUGCUGUUGCUUACUUGCUGUUGAAUAAAAAGAAUUCACAAAAGAAAACGUUCACAGACCCAAAUGUGAAGCAUGCACUUCGUCUGAUUGAUAAAAAAAUUUUAAGCCAUAAUGCAAAACGCUUUAAGUUUGAACUUGCUUCUCACGACUCGAUUUCUGGUCUCCCCAUUGGAAAUCACAUUUUUCUUAGUGCCCGCAUUAAUAACGAACUCGUUGUUCGGCCGUAUACACCAAUAUCUUUGUCACUAACUGAAGGAUACCUUGAGUUUAUCAUCAAAAUUUAUAAAUCCGGCAUUAGCACUAAGUUUCCAAAUGGCGGCAAGAUGUCUCAACACUUGGAUAAUAUGACUAUUGGAAGGUAUAUAGAUGCACGGGGACCCACUGGUCACAUUUCCUAUUCACUCAAUGGCAGGUUUAUGGUUAAGGAGAAUAAAAAAGCACCAUCUAAAGAAAUUAAAGGAAUUUAUAUUAACAUGAUUGCCGGAGGCACAGGUAUUACUCCAAUCUUGCAAGUUGCGCAGUAUAUACUUAUGGAAGAGAAGAAUAAAAGUCUAAAAUUCAGGCUCGUCUUAUCGAAUACU